AUGAUAGACCCGACCAAGCUUCCCCCUGACCAGCAAGAAGCUCUCUUCAAUGGCCCGGCCAUUCCUCCCCCGGAUGGCACCGUGCCAGUGUUUAAUCAUUCACCCGACGACCAGACUAUAGUCGGAAGGUUGACUAUUGCCUGUCUGGUCAUCACGUCACUUGCCAUCGGGGUACGAGCGUAUUCGAAGCUGCACGGGGUGGGAAAGCUCAGAAUCGAAGACUACCUGGUCAUCGGCGCUUUCGCAGCGUAUAUAGCGACGUGUUGGAAUGUUUUCUACAUGCAAUCACGCGUUGGGUUCUUCAUCCAUCAAUGGGACGUCCGACUCCGAGACAUGGAGCCAUUCAUCUACUUCUACUGCAUACCCAGGGAGAAGAUAUGGCACCCCUGGCUUCCUGGCUAUCGCAUCGAUAGGAGAGCGUUGGAGAUCGUCACCGCGGUCUUCGACUUCGCGUUUGACCUCGCCAUCUUCCUUCUCCCACGGAAGAUCAUCUGGAAUCUACAUCUAUCGCGGCCGAAAAAGGUCGGCAUCUCCCUGGUGUUCUCAGUGGGCGUUGCGUUUUCUGGUCGGGUCUACGCUGUUUUGAAGAUCGAAUUCGUCGGCGACACCACCUACACAGGAUCGCCGGCGUUCCUCUGGGCCAUAAGCGAACUGACCUGCGGGCUCCUCAUCUGCUGCGUACCUGCAGCUCCGAAGGCCUUCAAGGAAUCGACACUUUUGGCCAAGAUAUCCAGCACCAUACAGUCGUGGACCAGCGGAUCCCAGGGCACUGGUCGUGACAAGUCACGCGGUGCUAGUCUCUCGUGGUCCGGUGGCGACCGGAAGAGUGCGCCCUCGAAUGUUUACCAACAGAUACUGGAUGAUAGCCAUAUACCUUUGACGGAGACGACAUUGUCGCACCCGACUGCCGCAUACAUGGCUCCUGGGGAUUUUGAUCCUGUGGAUCACCAACAGGGGGGCAUUCUGCGCACCACUGAGGUUAUCACCGUUGAGGAGAGAGGCUCGAUGCAUCUGGGCAACGCUUGUGCUAGUCCCCAUUAUGCAUGGGCGGAGACGAGCUAA